GAAGAAGACUAACCAAACUAUUAUCAACAAACAGUUUCUUAUGCAUCAAAACAACAACUUUUAAAAUGUUGUUUAUAUUAAAUAAUUUAAAAGGUGGUGUAACUUUAUAUUUUUACGAAAGCAAAGAAUAUUCCAUUGGUCGAAAAGAUUGUGAUUUUGUGUUAACUAACGAUAAAUCUAUUAGUAGGAAACAUGCUAUAAUAAAAUUAGAGAACAAUGAAGUUUAUGUGACUGAUUGUGGUUCAACUUAUUUUACAUUCCACAACAGCAACAAAAUAGAAGCGAAUACAAAAAUAAAUAUCAAAGUAGGUGACGAAAUUAAAUUUGGGGCAUAUGACUGUAUUUUUAAAUUGGAAUCUAAAGAGUUUUUUGUCACAUCCUCACAGUUAUCAACCUUUGAGAAAAAUAUAGUAUCGAAAUGUAUUAAAGAAUUAAGAGGGAAGCAUGUUGAUGUUUGGUCAUCAAAAGUAACACAUGUUACUGUAUCCAAAAUAACAUUGACUGUAAAGGUAUUGCAAGCAACUGUCGAUGGGAUUCCAUUGGUGGUUCCAAAGUAUUGGCAGAAAUUUAUUGAGUGCAUGAAUAAGCGAAUACCUCCCCCACAAAUUGAGGAUUACAAACCUGGAGUGGCAGAGGCAGCUUUAAGAAAUGUUAGUUUUGAGUAUAACCCAAAGAGGCUUAAGCUGUUUCAUAGAAAAUGUUUUAUUUUUGCAAAAGAGAGGUCCAAAAGUCAAAUGGAAGAUAUUAUUAAAAAAUUAGGCGGUCAAUGCAUAUCUUGGGAGGAAAAGCGUAUAUCCCUCGAGAAAAUCAAAAUAAUUUGCCACCAAAUUAUCUACAUACAAAUGCCUGAUGAAAACACGUUUGAACCCUCGCUACAAGAAGUAAUCGACUACAUGAAAUCACAAAACCGAAGACUCAUUCCUCUACCGGAGAUAGCUCUAGCGAUAGUGCAAUGCUCUUGUGAAAAAGACUGCAACCCAGGCUUCAACAGAGUCGAUAAUGUUUUUAACAACCAAGAAACACCAAAUAAAAGCGCACCAGUCCUUGUCGCCCAAUCAGAAACUUUGAGUGAGAAUGUAGAGCCUGUGAAAAAUGUUAAAGAAGAUUUGGUGUUACCCGAAAGCAUUGAUUUGGACGAAGAAGAUGACAAAUGUUCUGUUAAAGAUAGUCAGGUAGCACCGCAGUUAGCCAGUGUUGCCUUUGAUAACAAAAAACGACCAUCAUGUGACAAUGAUAAGGACCUGGUUCUAAACCCAUAUAAGAAGAAGAAGACUGAGAUACACAAAGAAAAUACUUCAAGUUUUUUGUCAAAAUCCUCAUCACAACUUUCACAGCCAAAAUCCAGUUUUAAGCCGGCUUCUCAAGCAACUUCUCUUUAUUCUUCGUUGUUAUCGCAGUCAAAAAGUACGCCGAAAAUGGCCAGCCAAUCCGGUGCGACGUCGAAGGUUAAGGAAAACCCGUUUUCAUCGAAAAGGAAAGCUGCAGAAAACCCCAGUAACCAACCGGAAUCAAAAAAACCCAACCCAUUCGCAUUCAAAGCACCGGAAGCCCCGGAAGCCCCGGCCAAAAAAAAAGUUAAUCCGUUCGCGAAACAACCGACAGUGAAGGAAGAACCCGACGUUGAGGAACCGCCUCCGAAAAAAUGCCGCGAAGUGUUUACCAGCACUCAAAUCGACCAGAACACGACCGCCAAACCUUUCGAGGUGUCGUGCGUGAGUGUCAAAGUCGAAAAACCGUGUUGGUUAUCCAAAGAGACAACAAGCAGGUUCGAAAAAGUUAAGAAAGUAUACGAUGAGGAAAUAGAAAGCAUUAUAAGACUUUUUGAAGAAAGGGCUUCGGUUGAAGUGAUUCCAAUGGACAUGAGCAAUGUUAGGAGCUACUCUUUCGACGCUACCGAUUCUGUCAGUAGUGUGUGUAACGGAAAGAAGAAUUUUAAGAAGUUUGUCAAGGUGCUUCCAAAGAGACCCCAAAGAAGAAUAAUUAGUACAGCUGAUUUUAUAGCAAACGGGGCAAAUGAUACUCAAGGAAUUUCAGUUAACAUGCUGAAUUUUCAAGAUGAAGAUGAGAGCCCUAAAAAAAAAGAAAAAUCGCAUACAUUAAAAAAAUUUCACUUUAUUUAACUGAACUUGUUGCUUUUUUUAUUUUUUAAGCCAGAUUGUUUUGUUUACUUUUUAAUAUAUUAAGUACUCCAUGUUUAAAUGUAUUAAUAUUAAAAAAACUAUAUUUUAAA